GAAAAACAGAGAGAGAGAGAGAGAGAGAGAGAGAGAGAGAGAAUUGUCGGGUUUUAAGAGAUUUCUAGGGUUAGGGUUGGAGUUUUUUUUUCUUUAAAUUCUACAGAGAGAGAUGGAAGAGGGUCCGAGCAAUGGCGGGAUGCUGUACCACGAGGUCCAGGAAUCGAAGCUCUGUGCCGUCCAUUGCGUCAACACCGUCUUGCAAGGCCCCUUUUUCUCUGAAUUCGAUCUCGCCGCUCUCGCCUCCGAUCUCGAUCGCAAAGAACGGCAGAUGUUGCUCGAAGGCCACGGCGGUGGCGAUACCGUGCCGAUCGAUUCGGAGGAGUCCCACAACGUCUCCAUGGAUGGCGAUUUCAGCAUCCAGGUUUUAGAGAAGGCUUUGGAGGUAUGGGAUCUGCAAGUAAUCCCGCUCAACUGCCCCGUCGCAGAGCCAGCCCAGAUUGACCCCCAGCUGGAGAACGCCUUCAUCUGCCACCUGCAGGACCACUGGUUCUGCAUCCGGAAGGUAGACACUGAGUGGUACAACUUCGACAGCCUCUACGCUGCUCCCGAGCACCUCUCCAAGUUCUACCUCUCAGCCUAUCUCGACACCCUCAAAGGCUUUGGCUGGAGCAUCUUCCUGGUCCGGGGCAACUUCCCCAAAGAAUGCCCCAUCUCAUCUUCUGAAGCUUUGAAUGGAUUUGGGCAGUGGCUCUCGCCGGAGGAUGCUCAGAGGAUCACGAAAUCCUGCAAUUCGACACAGGCCACACCCCACAGAACCAAUCCCCAGCAGCCCUCUGAUCCCACCCAGUUUGCUGGUGAAGCUGAAAGGCUUUCCGACAUGGAAGAGAAGGAUUUGAAUGCUGCAAUCGCUGCGAGCUUGCUGGAUUCUGCCUCUGUUGCUGCCGGCUUGCUGAACUCAGCUGCAGCCGGCUCAGGGAGCCAGGUUCCUCAAGAUAGCAAUCAGUGAGCUGUUUGGGUAUGUGUUGGAAGAGAAUGUAGCAGGACUGAUCAGGGCUUUGGGAAUGGAGAGAUUAUCGAGCUGUUUCAUAUCCGCAUGCACCUCCCUAUGAGGUAUACGGGGUUAUUGAUUGCGCACCCGCAUGUACCCUUUCUUUCUGUGUUUAUUUCUAUAGAUAUUCAUCAAGAUGAGAUGAUGAUGAUGAUGAGAGUUGAGAGAACAUGGUGCCAUAGCUUCUUCACUUGGACUUAAAAAUCUCUGAUUCUAGGGUUGAGAUUGAGAGGUCCAAACAGUUUAUACAGUCGGGACGUAUAUUUGAGUUUUGUUUUGUAAGAAACAAUUACAAUAAAGAGGUAACCGAGGAUAUGGCAUGGUCAC